GGUUCAAUUGAAGACAUGAUUCUUGGUGUUAAUUAUGCUUCUGCUGGUGCUGGCAUUAUUUUCUCAAGUGGCUCUGAAUUGGGUCAGCAUAUCUCCCUAGCACAACAAAUAGAGCAAGUUACUGAUACUAUUCAGCAAUUUAUAAUGACUAUUGGUGAAGAAGCAACAGCUGAUCUGAUAUCAACUUCUGUGUUCUACAUUUCGAUUGGAACCAACGAUUACAUUCAUUACUAUCUCCGGAAUGUAUCUGAUAUUCAAUCUGUUUACUUACCCUGGAGUUUCAACCAGUUUUUGGCACAGACAAUGAAACAAGAGAUUAAGGUGCAGUUUAUUCUGCUUCUAUAUAUGUCAGCAAUGCUUUCUAAAGCUUUCUCUAGGAAUUUAUCUAAUGUGUAUAUACUGGUGGAACAGAACUUGUACAAUGCCAAUGUAAGAAAGGUGGUUGUAAUGGGACUGGCUCCAAUAGGGUGUGCUCCUUAUUAUCUUUGGCUAUACCAUAGCAAGAAUGGACAGUGUGUCGAAACCAUAAAUGACAUGAUACUGGAGUUCAACUUUGCUGUUAGAUAUAUAGUUGCUGAACUUAAUGAGGAGCUUGUUGGUGCCACUGUCAUCUUCUGUGACGCGUUUGAAGGUUCAAUGGACAUCAUUCAGAAUCAUGACCGUUAUGGUUUCAAUGUAACAGAUGAGGCUUGCUGUGGUUUAGGCAAAUACAGAGGCUGGAUCUUGUGCAUUUCCCCUGAAAUGGCAUGCAGUAACGCCUCGAACCAUAUCUGGUGGGAUCAAUUUCAUCCGACUGAUGCUGUGAACGCGAUCCUUGCCGACAAU